UCCCCUCACAUACAGUGCAUGUAAUGCCUCUGCUCACCCUUCUCUUUAUCUCAUAGCAGUCCCUACCAAUCACCACAACCCUCAUAUUCAAGGACCACCCACAAAGAGUGGAGACCCCUUUUGCCCUUUUGCAUUUGGAGCCCUCUGAAGAAAGAUGGAGAAGAAGGGUUCACUCAAAGAUGAGACUUCAUUGCAGCAGCUGCUGGUGUAUGUUGUUGCAGUAGCAUUGUUAGGGUUUUGCAUGGUGGACCCAUUCAACAUGGGGCCAGUGGGAGGGCAUGAGUUCAGGCCUGUGAGGCACGCCAUUGCACCUUACAAGAGGGUCAUGGAGAAUUGGCCUAGGGACAACCAGAGCAAGCUGCGGUUGGGGAAGUUGGAGUUUGUGGACCAAGUCUUCGGGCCUGAGUCGUUGGAGUUCGACCCGCUGGGACGCGGGCCUUACGCCGGCCUAGCCGACGGUCGGGUGGUCAGGUGGAUGGGGGAGGGCAUUGGGUGGGAGACAUUUGCUUUCGUAACUCCAAAUUGGUCAGAGAGAGUGUGUGCAAAAGGGGUGGACUCAACCACACCAAAGCAAUGGAAGGUGGAGAAGAAGUGUGGGAGACCGCUAGGGCUGAGGUUCAACAAGGAGAGUGGACAGCUUUACAUAGCAGAUGCCUACUUUGGGCUGCUGGUGGUUGGACCAGAAGGAGGAUGUGCAACUCCCUUGGCCACACAUGUGCAUGGUCAACCCAUCCUCUUUGCAAAUGACCUUGACCUCCACAGCAAUGGCUCUAUCUUCUUCACUGAUACUAGCACCAGAUAUGACAGGGUGAACCAUUUCUAUAUACUGCUGGAAGGAGAAGCAACUGGGAGGCUCCUCAGAUACGACCCUCCCACUAAUACAACUCAUGUCGUUUUGGAAGGCUUGGCCUUCCCCAAUGGAGUCCAAUUGUCUAGGAACCAAAACUUCCUCCUCUUCACGGAGACUACAAAUUGCAGGUUGAUGAAGUACUGGCUGGAGGGUCCAAAAACCGGGACAACUGAAGUCGUCGCGGAUCUUCCGGGCUAUCCAGACAAUGUGAGGAUUAACGAGAAGGGGCAGUUCUGGGUGGCCAUAGAUUGUUGCAGGACACCGGCACAAGAGCUGCUCAGUCGCAAUCCAUGGUUUAAGAGCAUCUACUUCAAAUUGCCGAUAAAAAUGUACAUUUUGGCGAGGCCAAUGGGGAUGCGGAUGUACACAGUCAUCUCGCGGUUCAACGAGGAUGGAGAGAUCUUGGAAGUUCUCGAGGAUAGGAAGGGCGAGGUAAUGAAGCUGGUGAGCGAAGUUAGGGAAGUCGAUGGGAAGCUUUGGAUUGGAACUGUGGCUCAUAACCACAUUGCCACUCUACCUUAUCCUUGAGAGUUUCAUUUCUUUGCUUUUUCACUCACUUUCAG